UCACUGUCGUCCUGAUCAUCCGUGACGAUAGCAAGUGCCGUCUGAGCUCUUUCAUUUUUUUUUCCCGGGUUUUGCGAAAUCCACUAAAAUCCCCAAUUAACACUAAAGUAUCUAUCUUCAAGCUACUGUUCAGCUCAAUGAUCAGAGAAUCUAUAUCCAAUGAUUACUCCCGUUUCAUCUCUAUCCUUGGAGCUUGCAAAACGACGGACCAAUUUAAGCAAUUACAUUCCCAGACCAUUACGAGAGGUUUAGCACUAAACCCAACAUUACAAAAGAAGCUCUUGCUCUUCUGGUGUAGUCGUUUAGGUGGCUACAUGAGUUAUGCCUGUAAGCUGUUUGUGAAAAUUCCUGAACCAGACGUGGUUGUGUGGAACAAUAUGAUCAAGGGAUGGUCAAGGGUGGAUUGUGGUGGGCAAGGAGUUAGAUUUUAUUUGAAUAUGUUGAAGGAAGGUGUGACUCCGGAUAGCCACACCUUUCCAUUCUUGUUGAAUGGUCUUAAGGGAGAUGGAGCGUUGGCUUGUGGUAAGAAGCUGCAUUGCCAUGUUGCCAAAUUUGGAUUAGGUUCUAACCUUUAUGUGCAGAAUGCUCUUGUUCAGGUGUACUCUUUAUGUGGUCUAGUGGAUAUAGCUCGUGGGGUUUUCAACAGGAGAUGCAAAGAGGAUGUGUUUUCUUGGAAUUUGAUGAUCUCUGGGUAUAAUAGGAUGAAACAAUUCGAAGAAAGCGUGGAGCUUUUCGCGGAUAUGGAGAGGAACUUGGUUUUUCCAACUACUGUUACGUUACUUCUUGUUCUCUCGGCUUGUUCUAAGGUAAAUGAUAAGAAUCUCUGUAAAAGGAUUCAUGGGUAUGUUAGUGAGUGUAUGACAAAACCCAGUUUAAAAUUGGAGAAUGCUCUUGUCAAUGCAUAUGCUGCAUGCGGGGAAAUGGAUAUAGCAGUAAGGAUUUUCAAGGGUAUGAAGUCUAGGGAUGUGAUUUCCUGGACAUCUAUUGUGAAAGGGUUUGUAGAGAUAGGGAAUCUAGAGCUGGCAAGGACAUAUUUUGAUCAGAUGCCAGUGAGGGACAGAAUUUCUUGGACUAUUAUGAUUGAUGGUUACCUACGAGCUGAUUGCUUCAAUGAAUCUCUGGAAGUAUUCCGCCAGAUGCAAAGUGCAGGUAUGGUACCCGAUGAAUUUACCAUGGUUAGUGUUCUUACAGCUUGUGCUCACCUGGGUUGCUUGGAGAUUGGUGAAUGGGUGAAGACGUACAUAGACAAAAAUAAUAUCAAGAACGAUGUUGUUGUAGGGAAUGCUUUGAUAGAUAUGUAUUUUAAAUGUGGGUGCUCUGAAAAAGCGCAGAAGGUUUUCCAUGACAUGGAUCAGAGAGACAAAUUCACAUGGACAGCCAUGGUUGUUGGUCUUGCUAACAAUGGACAAGGCCAAGAGGCCAUUAAAGUUUUCUUCCAAAUGCAAGAAAUGUCAAUACAACCAGAUGGGAUUACUUACCUUGGCGUCCUCACUGCUUGUAACCGUAGUGGUAUGGUAGACCAUGCAAGGAAAAUUUUCGCCAAAAUGAGAAGCGACCAUAGAAUUGAGCCAAGUUUAGCACAUUAUGGAUGUAUGGUUGACCUACUUGGUCGAGCUGGGUUAGUCAAGGAAGCAUAUGAGAUAAUAAGAAACAUGCCAAUGAAUCCAAACUCAAUUGUGUGGAGAGCCCUACUUGGUGCUUGUAGACUUCAUAAUGAUGAACUAAUGGCUGAAUUGGCAGCUGAAAAGAUUCUUGAGUUGGAACCUGAUAAUGGUGCUGUUUAUGCUUUAUUAGGCAAUAUAUAUGCAGGUUGCGAAAGAUGGGAGGAUUUGCGAAAAGUGAGAAGAAAGAUGAUAGACAUCGCAAUUAAGAAGACACCAGGCUUCAGUUUAAUUGAGCAUACUUGCCUGAUACUUCUGAAUCAUUGUUGGAGGCUGGGUAAAAUCAUUUUUGUGGAUAAGAGACAGCGCAUGGUUCAGUUAAUUCUUCAUAAAUGUACUCAACACAACCUUGGGUUAGAGCCUGGAUCCAUGAUGGGAAGCUACCGUGCACCCCAUAGAAAACAUAAUCCUGUUUCGCGAAGUGGCAAUAUUUUGGAAAUGUGCUGGACACUUACAUGUACAAACUAAGCAUCGCCUGUAGCACUGUUGGUUCUGACCGGGUCUGAGCACUUAAGUUCUGAUCCUCUGCCGAGUACAGGAGCCUGAGAUGUCUCCCCAAUAACCAAAAAGCUUCUGGAACUCAGACCCAAGCCUAUUCAAGGUUGCACCUGAAGAUCACCAUACUUGCUUAUCAAGACAUUCAGAACAUCCCCUACAUGUUUCAUAUGAUCCACAGAGUUCUGUAGCUGAGUGGGGUCUGGCACUUGAACAAGGGUCGGAGGCAGAUCUUCGGCAAUACAGCAUUGACAUAUAGGGGAAAUCCAGUAAAUAUUUCGUUCUGACUCGAUAUACUGUAAUCUUGACAUCUUUAUCUAACUGAGCAAUUCAUUGGACUCCAUCACCAUUUUGUUGGUUGUGGUGGGAAUAAAAAAAUAUAAAUGGAUAUGAAAACAAUGUAUGUAAGAUCAUGUAUAGCUUUGUUGUUGAAUAUAGACGAUUCUAAAUAUUUUUGCUA